AUGACAAUUGAACCCGAAUUAAACUCGCUUAUCAAAUCAGUCUAUUGUAAUAUCUUCAUUAAAAAUAUAUGCACUGACCAAUAUCUAAAAGAUCGAAUAAUACUCUCUUCUCAUAAUACUGAUGUCAAUGAUAUCAACAUUACUAUUCUUAACUCUUUUCCUAGAAACCAAAAAAUAUACUUGAGCUUAGACAAAAUAGUUUUUGAAAACAAUAACAACUUUAACAAUCUUUAUCCUAGUGAAUUUCUAAACUCUCUUAAACCUGCUGGAAUGCCACCUUCAUCACUCACACUUAAAAUUGGAUGUCCUAUAAUACUUUUGCGAAAUCUAGCACCUUAUCAAGAUCUCUGCAACAGUUCUAGAUUAAUUGUAACAAGACUUAAUGAUUAUGUAAUCGAGGCCCACAUUUUGACUGAAGACCAUGCUGGCAAUCUAACUUUUAUUCCUCGUAUAUCUCUUAUGACUUCAACUUCUGAACUUCUGUUUAAGCUUAAGUGA